CUUUCCAUCGCCCCUCCGAAACCAUGUCUGAUUUACGAGGACGUAAGAUCUUCAAGGUCUUCAACCAGGAUUUUAUUGUGGAUGAACGAUACAAUGUCACUAAGGAACUUGGUCAAGGUGCAUAUGGUAUUGUCUGUGCCGCCACGAACAUUCAAACCGGUGAAGGUGUCGCUAUCAAGAAAGUCACCAAUGUCUUCAGCAAGAAGAUCUUGGCUAAGCGCGCCUUGAGAGAAAUCAAGUUACUUCAACAUUUCCGAGGCCACCGCAAUAUCACUUGUCUCUAUGACAUGGACAUUCCGCGCCCAGAUAACUUCAACGAAACAUAUCUGUAUGAGGGUAAGGCCGCCCCCCUGAACAUGGUCCACGCACAGCUACUGAUAUCAUUUCCUUGCCCAGAGUUGAUGGAGUGUGAUCUCGCCGCUAUUAUCCGUUCCGGACAACCCUUGACCGAUGCCCACUUCCAGUCCUUUAUUUAUCAGAUUCUGUGUGGCCUGAAGUACAUCCACUCGGCCAAUGUUUUGCAUAGAGAUUUGAAACCCGGAAACUUGCUGGUCAAUGCCGAUUGUGAACUCAAGAUUUGCGAUUUCGGAUUGGCGCGUGGUUUCUCGAUUGAUCCGGAAGAGAACGCAGGUUACAUGACCGAAUAUGUCGCGACAAGAUGGUAUCGUGCUCCGGAAAUCAUGUUGAGCUUCCAGAGUUAUACUAAAGCUAUCGACGUGUGGUCUGUGGGCUGCAUCUUGGCCGAACUCCUCGGCGGCCGUCCCUUCUUCAAGGGUCGUGACUAUGUCGACCAGCUCAACCAGAUCCUGCACUACCUGGGCACCCCGAACGAGGAGACCCUGAGUCGCAUUGGCUCUCCCCGGGCCCAGGAGUACGUUCGGAACUUGCCUUUCAUGCCCAAGAUCCCCUUCCAGCGCUUGUUCCCCAGUGCCAACCCCGAUGCGCUUGACUUGCUUGACCGCAUGUUGGCCUUCGACCCCUCACGAGCGACGUGCCCCACAACCUUCGAUUUCCACUUCGAAGUGGUGGACGACGUACAGGAGAUGCGUCGUAUGAUCUACGAGGAAGUCGUGCGCUUCCGUGCCGUCGUCCGGCAGCAGUCCCAGGCGCAGGCCGCCGCUGCUGCGCAACAGCAGCAGAUCGCCCAGCAGACCAACGUCCCGAUCCCCGAGAACCAGCAGGGCGUCUGGAAGCAAGAGGAGCCCAAGCCUCAGGAGGCGCUCGCCGCGGGCGGUGGCGUUCACAACGAUCUGGAAUCGUCCCUGCAGCGUGGAAUGGACGUACAAUAA